AUGACAUCGACCGGAUAUACAUACUCUCUUUCCCCAUCCUCAUAUUGUCUACCUAUAUUACACGCAGCUUUACAUCCCUCAUCAACGGUCCUAGGUGUAUUCCUAUCUUCCACCUCAUCGCCUUCCUCUUCCUCGUCAACCACGGCGGGUACCAUAGAAGUAGCAGAAGCGAUACCUCUGAUACACACCAAUGCGAACGUGUCACCCAUAACGGAAGUAGCUCUAUCGUUAGUAGAAGAAUAUGCGAAGAGUGAUGAUAAGAGGAUUGUAGGAGUUUACGUCGCAAGAGAAUAUGAAGAUGGAUUAGGUAGAACAGGUGAAAGAGUUCUGACUGCUUUGAAAGAAAGGUUUCAGGGUGCUUUCGGGUUAUUAUUGGAUAAUGAUAAACUCGCUCACCAUCAAUUCGCUUACGUCCCAUACUUACCUACGACCUCUACAACUAUCAAAUCAAUCACAUCGACUUCAUCCGAUAAUGUACCCGAAGCUUUCACCCUUUGUCCGACUGGUUUACCAGCAAAAUUGAUACGAGUGAUAAAAGAAAAGAAGAUACAUAAAGGCUUAAAGGAUUUUGAUGACCAUUUAGAAGACCCAGAUGCAGACUGGUUGGUGAAUUCAACCGUGAAAAGUGAUAUCCAAAGAUAUCUUGCUUGA